UCUUCACUUUCGCUCUCUCUCUGCAGAUUCUCAUAAUCUCUCUUGAAAUUAAAACAUGACUGGCAGAGAAAUCCUCUACAAGAUGAAGGUAAGUAGGAGAGCAUCCAAUCUUCUCACGCUUAAUUGAAAGUGCCCAGCUGUUCUAAUCCUUCUUUCUCUUCAGAUGGCCAAAGCUGGAUUUGGGACAUCAACACCUGACACAGGAAAAGGAAAAGGCAAAAUUUCAAAGCAUAUCACGCAUGGCUUUCACUUAAUGAAGGGAAAAUCAGGCCAUGCUAUGGAAGACUAUCUAGUUUCAGAAUUUAAGCAAGAAAGGGACAAAGAGUUGGGACUGUUUGCUAUAUUUGAUGGCCAUCUGGGUCAUGACGUCGCAAGCUAUUUGCAGAACCACCUCUUCGACAACAUAUUGCAACAGCCUGACUUCUGGAAUGACCCAGAAAGUGCAGUAAAGAGAGCUUAUCUUACAACAGAUGAGAAAAUACUGGAACAAGCACUUGUCUUGGGACGAGGAGGAUCAACUGCAGUAACUGCAAUACUUGUUAAUGGUCGGCAGCUUGUAGUAGCAAAUGUUGGAGACUCUCGAGCUGUAAUUUGCAAGAAUGGAAAGGCAGAGCAACUAUCAGUUGAUCACGAGCCUAGCAAGGAAAAAAGGUUGAUCGAGAGCCGUGGUGGUUUCGUGUCAAACAUUCCAGGGGAUGUCCCCCGUGUAGAUGGGCAGCUGGCAGUAGCUAGGGCUUUUGGUGAUAAGAGCUUGAAAAUGCAUCUUAGUUCGGAACCUGAUGUGGUUAUGAAGGAGAUAGAUGAUGACACAGAGUUCCUUAUUCUAGCAAGUGAUGGAAUAUGGAAGGUUGUGUCAAACCAAGAAGCAGUGGAGUCUAUUGGACAAAUAAAGGAUCCUCAGGCUGCCGCGAAGCGCUUGAUAGAUGAGGCCGUGGCUAGGAAGAGUAAGGAUGACAUAUCCUGCAUUGUUGUGAGGUUCCAAUGAUAUGCUCUUGAAAAUGCCUGGCAGCAUUUUCCCCAGUGGUGCACAAGAAUCUGAUGUGCGAACAUCAGAUGAGCUAAGGAGGCUGCAGCGCAAUUGAUUGUGUGUAUAAAUGUCGGAUAUGCUUCUACUUUUUUUCCUCAAGAUUCUUUAAUGUGUAUGUCUAAAUGAAUAGUUCGGAUGGUUGCAGCCACAUUGCAGGAUCUGCUUCAUCUGUUUAGAAUUUGUUAUUUUAUUGUAUCGAGUGCCCCUGCUUUGUAAGAUCAUUGUGCUCGAAUAUGGCUAGCUUUUAAGUUGCCUGUCCUUCUGGUUC